AUGAAACCGCUAGUGAAGAUCAUUGUCACGUUGCAGUUUCUUUUGAUUUACAACACUUACGCUGAUCCGUCGCAACUGUCAGGGAAGUUCAUGUACAGUAAGGACACGAAUUUUCAUUGGGCCCGCCGUGAUCAGCGACGAUCGCACCUGGUGAAGAAUGGUCUUCAUGACUCGCCGAGAAGCACCGACGAUGCCUCACGACCUCCGGCAAUAAAGUUGCACGUUCCUCGAUACACGGAAUCGGUGAUUCAUCAGAAAAGAAUUUGUAAGCCUUCUCAAUUACAGUGCUCGACGAAGGCUUUGUUCUAA